AUGGAUGCGGAUCAAUUUGUUCCUAUAUCUAUAAUUGCUGGAUUUCGGAAGAUCGUUCAGCUCACCAAUGACUACAAUCUGAUUCUGCAGGUUUUGAGAGAGUCAAAUCAAGUGGAAGUGGAUGAACGUGGAGAAAAAGUGCGUUCCGUAUGCCGACGAUGCACUAUCAUUUUGAGGGAAAUUAGUGAACAGCAUAGAGACGAAGUCGAGAAAAUGUUGUCUGGCGGACCACCUUAUGUCGAUCUCAAGUAUGGCCUCAACAACAGCUGGUACGUGACAUUCGACAGCGAAGAGACUACACAACAAGCUUAUCUUCACCUACAAAACAUGAACAUUACUUUUAAUAACAAGCCAAUAUGCGUAAGUAUUUGUGUCUAUCUUGUUCAUGUGAAACUGUUAAAUUCCUCGGGUGUUUUUGUUCGUGGUCUGACAUCGUGCAAUAAUCAUGUUUCAGGCCCGCAUAAAAGCAGGGGGACCUCCAAGCGAUCUGCCACCUAUCGACAGGGUGCCAGCACAGGUGUCUUUUUAAUUUUUUUUUUACUUGCGAGAGGGUGGUUAGGGGAGAAGAGAGAUAUGGCUUUGUUUACCGGUUACCGCUUUGGAAUAAAUUUUAACUGA